UUGGAAAGUCAGUCAAAAUGGCGUUCUUAAACAACGUUCAUAACAUACUUGGUCCGUGUUUCACAUCGCUUAUUUCUCUUUCUAUUGCUUUGGUUGUGUUUAUUUUUGGCAAGCAACCUGAUCCGUACAUGGACGAAGUGUUCCACGUCCCACAAGUUCAAAAAUAUUGCGCUCAUCGCUUUGACCAGUGGGAUCCAAUGAUCACGACUUUGCCAGGAUUGUAUUUUUGUUCAUGGGCGUUCAUUGAGUUCCUUGCUGUGGUAUUUAAGCAAGAUGUGAAGACGAUGUGUAUGCCGUUGUUUUUAAGAAUGGUGAAUAUUUUGUUCAACAUCGGCAAUAUUUGGGUGAUUUACCGCAUCAUGAGAAAGUUGAAUGAGAUGAAGCAAGCUGAGCUGAAGAGGAGACAGGUAUACAUUUUAUAUACUAUAAAUAUAAAAUUAUAUUUAAGUGUUUAUAAUCAGAGCAUAUUUGAAUAGGUUUGCAGUUGGGGGUCAAAACAAAGAUUAGGGGUGUUAUCCAUGUGGGGUAACACAUUGAAAUUAAUAUAACUGGAACGCUACCUUCAGAUAAACUGGCUAUCUUUUUUUUUUAAGUCAAAUCUGACCUCCAGACACGCAAUCUCGUACCCAGAGCAAUGCCUGUGCACGGGCUAGGAAGGCAUUGGCUCUGGGGAAAUUGACAACCGGAACCCCUAAAUUUAGGGAUUCCGGUUCUUUGUCGGCAUGCACGAUUGAUAAAUGUUAAACCAAUCACAGCACAGGAAAAAUUCAAUUUCCCCAGAGCCAAUGCCAUCCUAGCCAGUGCACAGGUAUUGCUCUGGGCACAAGAUUGCCAGACAUGCAAAUCUGGAGGUCAGAUGAUGCAUGUUUAUGUCAUGUUUUUGACUAAUCAGCUCUUUGUGUGCGUGAAAAGACUGGGACUGGCCUACGAAAUUUGCUAUGAAACUUUUGCUAUUUUGUUUUUCACAAGCAGUGUUUCCACUUUUCAAAACUGAAAUUUUACAGCCUGAUGGUCAGCCUGCUGCAGAUCACAUUCACCUAUAAACGGGCAAGGUGAAAGACUGUCUGCCCGGGUUUGGCAGUAUCUUAAUGCAAAAUUGGUUAUAAUAAAAGUUGCAGUACUAUUUGUUAACCAGUAAAUUUUUAAAUGCCUGAUGUCUAUAUUUCGGCGGAUUCCAGUAUUUGGAUCCGGACAUCCCUACAAUACAUACAUCCCUUCAAAUUUGAAUUUCGAAUCAUAAUAUUCAUCUAAAUCUUUCAACGACAAAGCUUUUUUGAUCACCCAAUUUGAAUCAUUGACAGUUCUUUUAAGAACUAAAACAAAGUCUUUGAUUUCUUGCAACAGACGGAGAGUUCCACAACUUCAACGAACAACAACCAAGAGGAGCUUGAAGAGAAGGACAAAUUUUACCAAACAGCGACUGGAAUAACCCUCGGACUUUUCCCUCUGUUGUUUUUCUUCAUGUUUCUUUACUACACAGACAACGGCUCGACAUUUCUUGUGUUGUUCAUGUACUAUCUAAGUCUUGGAGAUUAUCAUGUUCCUGCGGCCAUUGUCGGAAUGUAUGCCUUCUUCUUUCGGCAAACAAACAUUGUCUGGGUCGUCUUUACAGCCGGAGUGACUGCUGUCAGAAUGUAUGAGCCUGUAGUCAUGUUCAAGCUUGGCCCACGUUCAAACGAAUCUUUGAAUCUAAUCGUGGAAUUUGUUAAACAAGUGAUAUUGAACAUUAAAAUAACCAUCCGAGUCCUAUGGCCAUAUGCAUUGGUCAUGAUAUUUUUUGUGGUGUUUCUAUUCAUAAAUGGUGGCAUUGCUGUUGGUGACAAGAAUCACCAUAAAGUGUGUUUUAAUUUCCCGCAGAUUUUUUAUUUUGCGUGUUUUGCCAUGUUCUUCAGCUUUCCCCAUCUAUCGUCGCCAAGUACAAUCUACGGGACCCUCUCGUACUUCCUAAGUUUGAAUCAACGACGUUACCAUUCUGCAGUGAUUAUCAUUUUAUUUGGCGUCUAUUACCUUGUUAAAAAUUUUACCUACGUCCAUCCGUACCUGCUAGCUGAUAACCGUCAUUACCCAUUUUAUGUUUGGAAAAACAUUUACAAGGCUUAUCCGGAGGCGAAAGUCGCCCUUAUUCCUGUUUACUUGGUUGCCAUGACGAUGAUAUUUGUAUCAAUAGACCGAUCGAGAUUGUGGAAGAUAGUGUAUGGUGUUUGUGUGGCUGUGGUGCUCAUCCCCCAGGGGCUACUGGAAUUUCGAUAUUUUAUCGUGCCUUAUCUUAUGUUCAGGAUUCAUAUUAAAAAACCUGAAUUGUGGAAACUUGGUGCAGAGUUUAUUAUGUAUGCUGCGAUCAAUUAUUUCACCGUGUGGGCAUUUCUGAAGAAGCCAUUUAAGUGGCCGAACUCGAAUGAUAUUCAAAGGUUUAUGUGGUAACUUGGACAUAUUUAGGAUGUGUGUUGGCAUGUCUUUGCCACAGUGCGAACUCCAUGAAUUUGAAGGAUUCACUUUGAAAAAAUAUUUAUUCGUUUUUAAUAUCAAUGCAUGUAAGUUUAUACUUUUAUAGUACUGACAACCAUUUUUGUACUAGGUUACAUUAUACAUACAUAAAAACCUCAGUCACAGUUUGUCAACAAGAUGUGUUCGCUCUUGUUCCAAAUUGUUGACAAAUCUGGAACAAGUUAUCAUCUUGUAACAAGGUUGAUGAGGCCAACAGACUCGCGACAAGUUGUUCCACCAAGCCUGAUGUCGCAUGCACGUAACAAGUUGUUAGCAAGUUGACGACAACAAGUUUGUAACAAUUUAUUACGAACAGCCUGUGCUAGUCUUGUUGUAACAACUUGUAGCAAGUUAUAACAACUUGUUUCAGACUUGUCAUAACAGCAGUGCGAACACAUCUCCUAAUAUCGUCUUGACAACAACCUUAUUACAACUUGUUUGCAGAUCUAUAAUAACUUGCGCGUUUUUACGUGUGUAGGUUCAUCAAACAGAUGAACGGACAACGUUGGCCCAAAAUCUAAAUGGUUAACUGCUAUAAUUGUUGGAUAAAAUCAUAAGAUGAUUUAUCCAAAUCAUAUGAUGAUUUAUCCAAAUUGAUUGUCUAUACUUUAAAAUAUUUGCGAAAGAAGCAGUAUGAAACGUUAUUAGAAAAUUCAUUCGUUCAUUAUUUAUUUGAUAAGGCAGGUUAACUACAAAUGUCAAUUAAGAAAAUUGUUGGAUCCGUUUAAACUAGCUUUACAAUUAAUGUGUAUAACUAAUGCUAUUUACUAACUUCUACGAUAUCUUGCUGUAUUUUGUAUCUUUGCUAUUAUAAGUUCUGUAUGAUUGUGUAGUAUUGAAAAUUCCUAUAAAUCUAAGAAAUGAUUCUAGUUAAAACUGGUUUUAAUCAAAUUGAAGAACUCGGCGUCCUUCACUGAUACGCUUGUCUUGCGAUUUCGUUCGCCAGCGUCCAAAUAUUCCAGGCGAAUUUUUCGAGCACAUCCCGAGAGGUCCAGUUCGCUGGUAUUUGUGGCUGUAUGGUCAUUUCAUGUCUCCUGAAAACACUUUCGUAGCGACCAUUUACUUUGAGCCUUGAAUAUUCGACGACCUCAUCAAAACUCACUGUAGUCGAAGCUAGGAAGUCAUCAUUUGUAUCUAUGCUGUCGAUCCUGUGCGUAAAUACC